AUUAAUAAAAAUAAAUAGCUUAAGAGUAGUGAUAAUAAAAUUUUGUAAAAUAAUAUUUUAGUUUUCGUAUUUGAGUUUCCUGUACAUUAUCAUAAGUGAGUUGAUAUUGUUUCAAGUCUUUUUUAGGAACAAACUUAAAUAAUUGUUAUUAUAACGCUAAGCGCGAUGAAAAAGUCGACACCAGAAAAUCCAGAUAGAAACAUUGUUAAUUUGCUGGCCAUCCUAGUGGAUACAAAUCCGUCGCAACGUGUUAUCCGCCAAAAUCCUGGCCAUUUGUCACAGAUUUUAGAUGCUAUUAUUGCAUUUGGAAAUGCUCAUUUAAUGCAAAAGGCGCAAAAUAAAUUAGCUGUACUAUCUUGUCAUCAUCAUGCCACGGAUUUUCUGUAUCCAACGCCCGGUAAACAAUUGGAAGUGCGCCAAAUAGAUGGUCAAUACGAAGCCUUUAGUUUAGUUGAAAAAACAGUAAAGCAACGUUUAAGUCAUAUUAUUUGCAAUGCACCUAAAUUAAACCAAUCAGCUGAGAGUUUAUUGGCUGGCAGUUUGUCAAUGGCUUUAUGUUACAUAGCAAGGGUACAACGCAAUGCGCAAGCCGGGACAAAAAUACAAUCCCGUAUACUGGUAUUGACGGGAAGCAACGAAUGUGCAUCUCAAUACAUGACCUAUAUGAAUGUGUUCUUUACAGCACAGAAAUUGGGCGUUGUUCUAGAUAUUUGCGCUUUGGAUAAAUCAUUGAGUUUACUGCAGCAGGGUUGCGAUAUUACAGGUGGUCAAUACUUACGAUUAACUCAGCUCGAUGGUUUAUUGCAGUAUUUGCUAUGGGUAUUUUUACCUGAUCCAAGUAUGCGUCAGAAAUUGGUGUUACCACCUCCGGCUAAGGUGGAUUAUAGGGCGGCUUGUUUUUGUCACCGCGAAUUGAUUGACAUUGGUUACGUAUGCUCAGUGUGCUUAUCAAUUUUCUGCAAAUUUAGUCCCAUUUGCACAACUUGCCAUACUGUUUUCAAGGUUCCCGGCCCAUUACCGAGUAGACCGAAAAAGAAGAAGAAGACAUAAGUCCUUUCCUCUCCUGUAUUGGAUACAUUCUGCCAUAUUCUUCACUGAUUUUCUUACGAAAAACAUAGAAGCUCAACAAUGAUAUUACUUAAGCUACACUGAAUAUUGAAAACAAGAAACGUACUGAGCAAAUAUUUCAAAUACUUAACUGGAAGAUUUUAAAUGAAAUCGCUAAAGACUUUCCAAGGCAGAUAAUAAUUUAAUUGGCGAAUAGCA